AAAGAUAAGCUCAUGUCUGCUGAAUGUCAAACUGAAUAGGGCAGUGUGCAAAACUUCACGAGGGCAAUGUGAUAAAACUCUAAUGCUGUUAAAUAAACCAUAAAAUUCCAUUUCUCAGUCAAAACUGCUGACCCAGUUUGGAUUUUAGUCAUCAUUGCACAUGAGUGCGCACAGGCUGCAACAACUAAAGGGUCAUAUUCUGCCUGAAAUUAAGAGCACAGCAAUGGCAGGCUCCCUUAGUCCUCUGACCACCCAUGUGCUUAACACUUCCAUGGGCGUCCCUGGAUCGAACAUGGCCCUCAGUCUCUAUCGACAAGAUCUACCCACAAAUGCCUGGAGUCUGAUAACCACUGGGACCACUAAUGAUGAUGGACGUUGCCCAGGACUCAUCACAAAAGAACUGUUUACAUCUGGUGUGUACAAAAUCCGUUUUGAGUCCGCUCAGUACUGGGCAAGUAUAGGACAGACCAGCUUUUACCCCUAUGUUGAGAUUGUCUUCACUAUAAAUGACCCUGGCCAGAAGUACCAUGUCCCUCUGCUCCUGAGUCCUUUCUCGUACAGUACGUACAGAGGGAGUUAGAGAUCAACACCUGAGGCUACCUCCAUCUAUCAGCUGUUUGAAUAAUUUGAUAUAUUCAAUAUAACUCUUUUUUUCAAUUCUAAAAAAUGUAUCACUCAUAUACUACACUGUACUUAGCAACUGUUAGCAUAAUAUUCAACACCUAUUUUACAAUAAGACAUGUGACAUCUGAAUUGCCUUAUUAAAUAUGGUGUUUUCCUGUUUACUGUUA